AUGUCGAACACUAGUAAGAGCUCCUGCAUCGCUGUGCAAGGCUCUAUAACCUCCGACCCAAGCACUACCUCGCAUAACUCUUCAACCGCUACCUCCUCCACUGAAGCUGAACAUCUCUCUACACAUCGUAUUCAAUGCUACCUUGCCGACAACGACGCUCCCGUGCCAUAUGCCUUGCCUGCUCUCCCUGCCGACGGCAACAACGACAGAAGUUUGACUGCUGCACAUACAAUGAGCGGGAAGUUGCAGCAGUUCGAUACGAUAUUCUAUGGUAAUUGA